UUGUAUAAAUAUUUAUAUUUUAUUUUCAUAUGCAGAUGUUUAAACCUAGAGAAGAUAAAGAUGAUGUGACAAAAGUCAACACUGAACCUCCAAAGUCCUUAGUGACCGCAUGUAAGCAGAUAGUCGAUUGCUUGGUUAGACACAUUCUGGUUCUUGAAGAAGAUGGUCAGGGAAGUCAGCCAGCAGAUGAACCACGGACUACAACACAGCGUAUUCUGGCAUGCCACAAAACACUGUACGUAUUUGUUUGCAAAAAUCCGUCCCCAGCUCUUGGUGGACCACGCAAUUACACUCCAGCCUUACUUAGCGUGGAGAUGCCGGACCCAAGUAGAUUAAACUAUGAUUGGUGUGGUGGCACGAACAUUUAGAAUUAGUUGUACCCCUGAUGGAGCAUCCCAGUGAAACUUUCCUC